AUGAGUGAAGAAUUCAAUCCCGCGUAUACCGCUGAUCAAUGUCACGUUAGUGAACCUCUUCGGUCUUCUCUCCCUAAUAUAUGCGAAAGAAUUCUUGAAGAUAGUUUGAUGAAAGAAAAUGUGAUUGAUAUUUUAGACGAGGUGGAAAGCCACGUGGAAAGAUUAAGAAAAGAAGCAGUUCAUCUCGAAGAGGAAAAGGAAACUAUAAUGACUGCAUUAGAUACAUUAAAACAUUCCCACAUUUUGGAAGAUAUAACUGAGACUGAAAAAGGAGACAUAGAAAGAUAUGCUGAUAAGAUUCUAUCAAGAUGUUCCACUAUUGAGGUUUCUGUGAAAAUAGUUCGUGAUCACAUUCAGGAAGAUUCACUUCAUCAGGUUAAUAAGUUAAUUGAUAACAUGAUUAAAGAACUGAAAGAUAAUCCUGCAGCAACCAAAUUGAAAUGCCUUUCUUUUAUGAAUUCUUGUUCUUCAUACUGUGAAAAUGGUAAUGAAGAUAAAAAUUUUGAGCAUGCAUUAUUGGGUUGUACUAUUGAUGAUCAAAAAAGGGUAAAAAAAAGGCUUCAGGGAUUAAUGAAUUACAUUGACAAAUUCAACAUGAUGUCUUAA